CAAAGUUACUCAUAUUUCGAGGAAUUCACUAGAAAACGAUUCCGCUGUCGAAGCCACCUCAAUAGACGAAGAUUUGGCAAGUUAGCACUUGAAAAGUUCCCUAAGCUCUAGCAAGUUUGAAAGGCCAAACGGGAACUGUGAACAGGAGCGAGGAGUAGUUGUGAACGGCGUUCAUUCAGAUACAAAAAUCUCUUAAGAUCCUCAAUUGUACCCAUUUAUUCUCAAAGGAAAGCUUCUAUCGGCUUGAAUUAGAAAAGCAGGCAAAAUGGAAGGAAAGCCAAUGUCCAUUCAAAAGUCAGUGUUCACGCAGGUGUUACAAAUAUUAAAGUACACUGCCAUCAAUUUAGGUUUGCCAUUCCUGAAUGGCGUAAUGUUAGGAUUCGGUGAAAUUUUUGCUCAUGCAUUUAUUCAUUCUUUGGGAUGGGCCCCUGGUCAUACUCGUAUUUACUCUAUUCAGCGACAGCAGUAUAUUCAAGCAUAAGCGAAGGUUGAAACCUACUGUUUACCCUUGUUUCAUUUUUCUUUUCCACAUUCUCUUCUGAUUGUUUCACAAGUCAAGCCCAUUAGGUCGUACGAUGAACUGAACUUGCUUACAAACUCAUAGACGAUGCUGAUGCUGAUUUGGUAAAUGGAUUGGUGGUUGAAUUAAUAGCAACAAAGAUGUCGUUGUGUUUGGUUUCGAAAAAAGCCAACCUGAAAGAUGAAAGGGAAAGAUGGAUCUUUUGAGCUGUUUUCAUAAAAUUUUGAAAAAUUCGGCUAGUCGUUGAGUAUUUGUGACACCUUUAUUUCGACCGUUACAAACUUCUUAAAGCCCUAGAACUCCUAGACCUUCCCAUGUAAAAGAUUGUGCAUAAAUAGUCAAAAACCUCAAUGGUUUUCUUUACUACACUAUACUACUCCUUACUAUAUUUUACUUUUGCGUUUGGUACAGGUGUCCUUUACAGAGCGCAUCUACACAAGCUUUCAAGCGCGAAUCCUUCCUUCUUAGCGUCCAGGAACGAAGUCCGACGAAAGUCGUCCCUACGUGGGAUUGACAAGACACUAAUCAGGACUUCAGGGUCUAAUUAAGGUAGCUCAUAAUUUUUUAAUGAUUUCAACUUUUUAAUGAUUUCAAACAAACUUGUUACUGAACUUCUCUGACUAAAAUACUAUGACGGUUCAGCGUAAUUUUGAAAGCAGUUUUCACUCUAAUUUCACAUGAAC